CGGCUGCGGUCACGUGGGGCUGGGGCCGGCGGGGCGCCCUCGGCCGCGCAUGCGCCGGGCGGAUGUUGCCGCCGCCGUUAGCGCAGCUACCGCCGGGGCUCUAUGGGGAAAACAUGGCUCCUUUCCCCGAGGAGGUGGAUGUCUUCUCGGCUCCGCACUGGCGGAUGAAGCAGCUCGUGGGGCUCUACUGCGACAAGCUUUCCAAGACCAACUUCUCCAACAACAAUGAUUUUCGGGCUCUUCUGCAAUCACUUUAUGCCACAUUCAAAGAAUUUAAAAUGCAUGAGCAGAUUGAAAAUGAGUGUAUCAUUGGUUUGCUUCAGCAACGUAGCCGGACAGUGUACAAUGUGCACUCGGACAACAAACUCUCAGAGAUGCUUAGCCUCUUUGAGAAAGGGUUAAAGAAUGUAAAGAACGAAUAUGAACAGCUGAACUAUGCGAAACAGCUGAAGGAGAGAUUGGAAGCCUUUACCAGGGAUUUCCUUCCUCAUAUGAAAGAGGAAGAGGAGGUUUUUCAGCCAAUGUUGAUGGAAUACUUUACUUACGAAGAAUUGAAAGAUAUUAAGAAGAAAGUAAUUGCACAGCACUGCUCACAAAAGGAGGCUGCAGAAUUCAGAGGUCUCAGUAAGUGGAAUCAAGCAGAAGAGCUUCAGAAGGUCUUUAAGUAUUCUGUGGAUGAGAAGGCAGAUCGAGAAACCGAAGUAACAGGGCACACUACAAAUAUUACUAAUCUUCCUCCUGAAGUAAUGCUGACCAUUUUCAGUUACCUUAACCCCCAAGAGUUAUGUCAGUGUAGUCAAGUAAGCACUGAAUGGUCACAGCUGGCUAAAACUGGAUCUCUCUGGAAACAUCUUUACCCAGUUCGUUGGGCCAGAGGUGAUUGGUAUAGUGGUCCUGCAGCAGAUCUUGAGAUGGAACCUGAUGAGGAAUGGGUGAAAAAUAGAAAAGAUGAAAGUCGUGCUUUCCAGGAAUGGGAUGAAGAUGCUGACAUAGAUGAAUCUGAAGAAGCAGCUGAAGAUUCACUUGCUAUUAAUAUAGCACAAAUGGAAAAACGUUUACUUCAUGGCUUAAUUCAUAAUGUCCUCCCGCAUGUAGGCUCUUCAGUGAAGACACUGGUAUUGGCCUAUAGUUCUGCAGUGUCUAGCAAAAUGGUUAGACAGAUCUUGGAGCUUUGUCCCAAUUUGGAAUAUUUGGAUCUCACUCAAACUGAUAUUUCGGACUCUGCAUUUGAAAGUUGGUCUUCACUUGGCUGUUGUCAAAAUCUACGCCACCUUGAUCUGUCUGGAUGUGAAAAAAUCACAGAUGUGGCUAUAGAGAGGAUGUCCAGAGCACUGGGUAUCAUAUCAACUCACCAUAACAGGGGUAUUCUGAAAAGCUGCAGAAACAGGCAUGCUAAGACUUUGUGGAAAAACAGAGAGAUUAGUCUGCAGUCCAACAAGAAGUAUAAUUGUUUGCGUGAAAUCAACAAUCAAAAUCUCUUUGAGGGAGGAGGAGAUAGUGAGCAGCAUUGGACUAAACCUGACGGCUCAGAAAACUUCAGUUCUGCUUAUGUGUGGAUGCUUGAUGCAGAUGAUUUAGCUGACAUUGAAGAUGCUGCAGAGUGGAGACACAGAAAUGUUGAAGGAUUUUGUCUUAUGGAACCAACAUCCCAUAUUAGUUGUUCUGCAUCUUGCUACAGUAGAGACAUUUAUGGCUUAAGGACUAGAGGGUGGCAGCAGCACUGUGCUUCUACUGACUUGAUUUACUGCGGUCACUCAUUUUGUUGUGCUGGGACAGCACUAAGAACUAUUCAAGCACUUCCAGAGUCCUCUGCACUGUGUAAAAAACCAGCAAGGACUAAGCAGUCAGAGAAAACAGACUCUGCAUACUCUGGGAGUAAAAAAACAGAUGAAGAGACUGCACGAGUUCUUCAGUUUCUCAGUCUGUCUGGAUGUUACCAGAUCACAGACCGUGCUCUCAGGGCAUUGACUCUGGGAGGAGGACUGCCGCAUUUGGAACACCUUAACCUCUCGGGUUGUCUCACUGUAACUGGUGCGGGCCUGCAGGAUUUAGUUUCUGCAUGCCCGUCUCUAAACGAUGAACACUUUUACUACUGUGAUAACAUCAACGGUCCUCAUGCUGAAACCGCCAGUGGAUGCCAGAAUUUGCAGUGUGGUUUUCGGGCCUGCUGCCGCUCUGGCGAAUGACCGCUGACUUCUGAUCUUUCAGUCUACUUCAUUUAGCUGAGCAGGCUUCCUUUCAUGCACUUUACUUACAGUUCGCAUCUUGUGUUAACAAUCCUUGGAGUGAGAUUUGUUAUACUAGCCUGACCCUGCCCACAACUUCGAAAUCUUAAUUAUGAGUGUACUGUACAGUGUCGUAACGAUCUCACAAAAUCUCAUUUGGUUUGAAGGGUGUUGGGUUCUGUUUUACUUAAUUUGGGGAAGAUGGGAAAACAUUCAGAUUUCUUUUCUAAUGCCACUUUCUUCCAGGUUUGGCACUUAAAUAUACUUUACUGGAUUAUUUUGUGUUAAGUGUUUGUUUUUUUUAAAUUCUGAAUCCGUAAGUACAAUAUGAAGCUCUGCAGAGAACUUGAAAUGUAUUGUUUGCAUUUGGGUAACAAUUAUAUACAUCCUUAGGAGCCUUGUUUCUUCCCCUUGCCUCUCAUCCUGAAGUUGUUCUUUAUAUUGCAAAAUGAGGGAGAUUCCCACCUUCCUUUUGCAUUUGGUUUUGUAUUUGGGCUUGAAAGACAUACUCAAAUAAAAGAUUCCCACCAAUAAAAAAAA